AUGGGAGGAAAACCUGGAUACCUCCAUCUUGGUGUUUUACAGGAGGUCUCACAUGUCGAGUUUGAAACUCAGUGUCAAGUUUCCGCUGAACGAACUAGGCCCCCAUUCUUUCUUAAUCCUCGGAGUCAUGAGCUCUCGCCGCAAAACACGGUCGGAUCCAGGCAACGAGAUGCGUUAUCUGAAAGGAGUCGUAAGGAAGACCAGAAAACCAAGAAUACGCAACACCUUUAUGAUGCCGAUCCUGGAGGUACAGUCCUCGAGUGA